CUCACUCUCUAAUCAUGCCUGCAGACGCACCCCCCGUCAAAGCGGCCAAGAAAGGCUCAAAGAAAGCCGUCGCUAAGACCGUCAGCAAGACUGGAAAGAAGAGGAGAAAGUCCAGGAAGGAGAGCUACGCCAUCUACGUCUACAAGGUGAUGAAGCAGGUCCACCCCGACACCGGCAUCUCCUCCAAGGCCAUGGGUAUCAUGAACUGCUUCGUGAGCGACAUCUUCGAGCGCAUCGCAGGUGAGGCCUCUCGCCUGGCUCACUACAACAAGCGCCGCACCAUCACCUCCAGGGAGAUCCAGACCGCUGUCCGCCUGCUGCUGCCCGGAGAGCUGGCUAAACACGCCGUGUCUGAGGGCACCAAGGCCGUGACCAAGUACACCAGCUCCAAUUUUUAGAAACCCCUGUUAACAGAGGAUCCAGAGGAGAGUUGCUGUUCUACCAUGAUUGGAAACAAUCUCAAAUGUUGCAUUCCUAAAAGACACUUUUUUUCUACCAGCUGCUAUUGACAGUUAUUUCUCUACUUGUAUAGAUGUGUACUGUUGUCAUACAUAUUCAUUCACUGCCAUAUAUGCAUCAAUUUUUGUCCACCAGACUGCUACUUUUAUAUAUUCAUUGUUGUGCCUUUUUUUAAUUUGUAUUUUGUGUAUGUAUUUAUAUAAAGAUACAUUUAUAUAUUUGUAUCUUUGGGACGGUGGGACACAGCAUUACGGUGUCCAAUGUCUAA